UUCAAGAAAGGAGGCAUUUUCGAUUGGCUAUUGAAAGCUAUAUUCUCUAUGUCUUUGUACAUUGUUACAAACGUUAAGCGUUAGUUAUAAUUUUAUAGGUAUUCAUGACUUUCUAUUGUCCAAUUGGAAAAUGAUAAAAAAACGAGGAACAAUUGAACCGAAUUUUCACUUAAGAGUGAGCCUAUCCAUCAUCUACUUUUUGGGCACCUGGCCGCCACACGCAAGCAAAUACCGGAUUUUAUAUCUGUUUUAUACUAUUUGUAGUUUUAUUUUCCUCUUGGGUAUCUUGCUUGCCUCCGAAAUAGCAAAUGUGAUCGCUAACUGGGGAGAUAUGUCGAAAAUAGUCGCAUUUGCAACUAUAUUGAUGACGAAUUCUAUUCACGCUUCCAAGGUGUUCAUUAUUCUUCAUCGUCAAGGACGGAUACAGGCUCUCCUGGACAUAGCUAACAGUCCCGCAUUCAAGCGCCACGACAAGAAGUAUCAGGACCUCCUCACACGCUAUACAUGGAAAGGCAUCUUUCAUCAUGCGGCUUAUCAGAGCUUUGGUACGAUAGCGGUAUUCUGUUGGGGUAUCACCCCAAUUGCCGAUCUGAUUGCCGGUCGUUCACGUCGAUUGCCUGUGGAAGGAUGGUAUCCUUACAAUGUAACGAGAACACCAGCGUUCGAGAUUACCGCAGGACAUCAGGGCAUUGCAAUCAUAAUCGCUUGCUUCCACAAUGUAGCACUAGACACGCUGGUCACAGGUUUAAUCACAGUUGCCUGUUGCCAAUUGGCAAUCUUGGAGCGAAAUAUCAUAUCGAUAGAUAAUCAAAAAAAUAGGCAGGGUGAUAAGAACAAAUCAUUUCUAGAAGUCUUGUCCUAUCAGCAACUCAAAAAAUGUAUUAUGCACAGUAAUAUGAUAUUCUUUUUUACAAGGGAGAUUCAAGAUAUCUUUAAUAUUAUCAUCUUUUUCCAAUUUCUUUCGAAUUGUAUUAUCAUUUGCCUGAUCGCUUUCAACGUGUCACAGAUGAAGGUUUAUAUCCCAGCAGUGCUGAUCGGCUUAGUGACAUACAUGUGUUGUAUGACAUAUCAGAUAUUCAUUUUCUGCUGGCACGGUAAUGAGUUACAUCUCCAUAGUACACGUAUAGUGAUGGCCGCGUAUUCGAGCAACUGGUUCUCCAAUAAUGUAAGUUUCAAACGCAGCUUACAAAUCAUGAUGUUAAGAGCUCAUCGUCCAUUCACUUUGAGCGCCGGUAAUAUUAUGUUAUUGUCAUUGGAUACUUUCGUAGAGAUAUUACGGAUGUCCUAUUCUAUUUUUACAGUACUUCAAGGUUCUACUAUUUAACGAUGAAUUCAUCGUUAAUAGUAUAAAUCUUAUAGUUACAUUAUGUUUUCUUGAGAUUACACAAGUUAAAAAAAAUAAUAUUAAUAUGCUUAGUUUUAAUUAAUAUUAUAUA